UCCUGGUUUGCGAGAUUCUUCGUUUGAUGUCUCGUCGAUCGUAGUUUUUUUGCGGGUUCUCGUGAAAGUGUAAACAAUGAUAUUUCUACAAAGAUAAUUUGUUUUUCCUUUGGACGGAACAAUUGUAAGAUAUGGAAUUCGCUGCCAUAAAGCGUGGCAAAAGUCGGAAAAAGAGGGGACAUUUGAAAAAGCGACGUCGCGAACAAAUCAAAUUUGAGGUUAAGCUUGCGAAACAUCGAGAAUUCGUUUUAGAGCGUAGCAAUAUUUCUCUCGCCAAGGAGAAAUUUAUCGGCAAUACGAUGCAAGCUAAUUCUUUCUGGGAAAAUUACACCGUUGCUCAAGAGUGGCAAAAAAGACACAGCGUAACGUGGUGGAGAACACGUUGCAUCGCACUGGAACACGAGAAUCAACGAUUAAGAGAUGUUUUGAAAUCAUUGGUGUGCCAGAAUGCUCAAGGAAGCUCUUCAAAGGUGGAUAAAAAGAAAAGGUACAAGCAGCAGCAGCGAAACGUGGAAGGAGAGGAAGAAGAAACAGCGUCUAACGAAGAAACUGAAAAUUUGGAAUUUCACGUAAACGAAGAUAUGAUGAGUUUUUUGGAGCAAAGCAUGAGACAUAAAAUUGAAUUGAAACAGAGAAGGGAAUCUGAAUUGGUGAUUGAAAAAGCAAAAGAGGACGACGAGGAUGGGUGUAUUCAAGGGGGAGCUACGUGGAUACACGCAAGGAACAGCAACGCUAAAUUAUUGUACGGGGAAGCUAGUCCUACGAUAUUAGCGAUGGAAACUGCCCUUCAGACAACAGUUGACAGACACAAAGAUAAGGCAAAACCUCAGUAUUGGCCAAUUAUACCUUUAAAACCGUAAAUUCUAGGAUACGACGAUUUAAGUUUAAAUAUAUUUAAAUAUGUAUUUUGU